GCUCAGCUUCUCAAACCCGAUGGGUAGUUUGCACGGGGUGCUGUGAUGUGGUCCUUCUCACAGGAGAUGGGCGCUGGGACAAGGCGCGAGCGCGCCGUCUCCUCACGGAGUCAAGCCCGAUGGGCUGGGUGGGCUGUUUGCUUACUGGGCCUAUGGGCUGGCACAGAGGCCUGGGUCGGCGACUCUCCGCGAGAUUUCCAGAGGAGUGGGAGACUUGCCCUGAAUGCUCAGAAGUUGGACACUGUUAGCCCUGGUGACCGCUUUGUUGGAUGGAUACGGCAUCCUGUCCUUACCAGCAGGCAAAAGUUCGAUUUAGUGGUGGAGGUUGGUCCCGGUGACAACGAGGGUGCCUGGAAGAUCGUUGACCCCAACAAGAAGCUCAAGGCCCGGAAGUCCUAUGAAGGACCUUGCAAGGUCAUCAGAUAUGACACUGGCAUCGCCUUCCGGGACCUCGACACGGUGCUGAAUGGCACUCUGAACGGGGCAGGGCCCGGGACGAUCUCCGGGCGGACCAUGCAAUGCGGCCUCAAGUGGGGCGGCUUCUUCGAGGUCAAGCUCGAAGACUAGACAAGCCUGAUGCACUGACAAGACAAGAUGGCAAAUGCAACAACUGAUCAUAGUC